AUGCAAUCCUUGGGUAAAGAGGGGCGUGAGAUGAAGAAAAAGAUAGAUCGAUCUGACUACGAGGAAGACAUUCUGGAGGCGGAGGAACUAUACCACUCUGAAGAAGAGACGCAGGGUUACUCCCGCCGUGAGUACAACACCGCCGGUGCUAGUAACUAUUCGGCCGGGGGUCACCUCCUUAUUAAGCCGAAACUCUCCCCCUUCACCUCAGAGAUACUAAAUCACCCUAUGAUGAGAAUCAAGAUGCCGUCGUCCAAGUAUGAUGGCACUUCUGAUCCUGAUGACCAUGUCGCGGCCUAUGAGGGGCACAUGUUCCUUUACACACAGGUGGACGCCAUCUGGUGCAAAGUCUUCCCAUCAACUCUGACCGGGAUAGCUCAGACGUGGUUUAAAAGUCUCAAACCAGGUAGCAUCUCUAGCUUCUCUCAAUUGUCGUCUAUAUUCAGUACGCACUUUGUAAGUAAUAGGCGCCGCGAGUGCACUACAGGAGAAUUGCUUUCGGUUAAACAGGGUGCAAAUGAAAGUUUAAGGGACUAUAUCGGCCGUUUCAAUGUUGAGGCAGUCUUGAUACCUAGACUGCAGCAGGAUGUGGCCGUUUUGGCUUUAAUGAUAGGGCUUAAAGAGGGAUCACCAUUCCGAAACUACAUGGGUCGGAAAUCAUAUACAUCUCUGGGUCCCGUCCUUGGCAAGGCCAAUGAUUAUAUCAUAGGAGAAGAAUUCGACAAGGCAGUAAGCAGCCGUGAAUUAGAGAAGAAGGAGGAUAAACAGAAAAAAGAGAAGGGUCGUGAAGUCGAUCGUGGCCGAGAUGAAAGAAAGCAGGAAUCAAACAUGGUCAAGAGAGGAAAUGACCGAGAAAGGGAAAAUGAGAGGUAUGACCGCGAUCGCAGAGACCGGGUGUAA